CUAAGAAGAUCUAGGAUCUAGAAACCUAAAUCUAUAUUUAGUUGACAGAAAACCUAAGAGGAGGGGAAAUUUUCUCAAUAUAAGUUAAGACAGGUGACAAUGCCACUUCCCCACAGUCCGACCUUAGAAGGAUUUGGGUGUGGUGGUGCUAGUGGAUUUGUCAGUCACAAGAGAAAACUAGAGAGUUGUGCAGACCUGGCUCCUUUAGCUGACUACAAGGGUCAGGGCAAAGUAACCUUGUGUAAAAGGAAAUGUAUCUGGCCACCUCUGGCCUCCCAAUGUGUCCAGACACCAGAAGCAGAGGACAUGUUGCCUGGUUGUUUAAAAGAUAUCCCAUCCUCACCCUCAUCAUCACCCAUGUCACUCCCAGCUCCCCUCCCACGAAACAUGGCCAGCAACAAUUUAGCCCAACAUUUUUUGUCUCGCAUCCAGCAGCGUCUAGAACCUGAGACAAACAACAACACACCUACUGGCCGCCUGGAACAGUGUGAAGACAUGGAGGAAGACACGAUGGAUCUAGACAACUGUGACAGCAAUGGCUUCACAAGCUGCUAUGAAAACAAUAAUGACCUUGACCCAGCCAGCCUCUCUAUGGAUUCUGAUUUUGUUCCUGAUGCCUCACAGUAUGCUCGCAUCUCCUCCCCACAGAACAUCACCCACACGGAAGCUGACCAGAGGUGUACCCACACAGAAGCUGACCAGAGGUGUGGAUAUUUUUCCUGCAGUGGUCUAAAGCCUAGCCCAGUCUCAGGACGACUACACUGUCACUGCUCAGCUUCAUGGAGGGGAAUGUAUGGCAUAGACAAUGGCUACAUCACUGACUACUAUUGAGGGUAACUGCAACACACAGGGUAGCCGCAACACACAGGGUAGCCGCAACACACAGGGUAGCCGCAAAGUCUGGUUUGUUGGCACCUAACAAGGAUUUUCUGUGCUGCAUAGAUCUGAUGA